GAAACAAGGACGGACAGUAUUGUGAAGAUUGUCAACAGGCAACUACUGAAAGAACAAUUGCUACGGACAACACUGGUUGGAAUUCAAGGCUGCCACACAAUCGCCUCUCUGGAAGCAAAGUAUUCCCAGCGAAGACUGGUGUCUUACGACUGCAGCCAGCUUGUUGCUGGUAGGGGUCCGGAAUUGCGGUAGUGGAAAAGGAGGUGCAGAGUUUCGAGUCAAUCGAUCAAGAUGUCGACACCGUUAAGCGCCGCGGCGCCGGUAUUUUCCUACGCACAGGCUGCGAAAGGUCUUACACCGUCUACAACAAUACAGGCAACACCUCGAAAUGAGAGUCCUGCAUCUGAGAAAGGAAUCAAGGACCGACAAGCUGCUGAUGCGGGGUCAGCAUUGAAGUCGCCCCAGGAAAAGCCUGUGCCAGAUGAUAAAAUAAGCCCAGAGACCACCCUGGCAGACACACCGGCGAAAGAUCUUGGAGACAAGGAGCCUAUACCGACAACACAGCAGACUUUGUCCGCCGACCAAGAUGUACGCUCCAAUGACCAUGUCGAUGCCCCCAUCAAUACGGCGAGCCAUGAUUCCCGCAAAGAUGAGGCUCGGCCACAGUUGGCAAAUGGACGCACGUAUUCGUCAGCACAAGUUUCUGAUACAUCUGGUCAGGGCCUCGGGGAGAAAAAGCCCAAGGAGUCGGAGGAUGACUGGGAGAAGGUUUCCGUACCGUCAAUGACGGCGGAGAAAGAAUUCAAGGCUGCACCUAUCCCAGCUGUAAAUGUCUGGCAACAGCGUGCUGCAAAGUUGAAAGAUCUCGCCAUCCAGCCGAAAUCAACGACCGCCAGUGUGUCGGCUACGCCCAAACCAAAAGCAUCAAAUGAGGACGCAAAGCGCAAAUCUCUUAGCAAGGAUGUCGACAACGAACGGGAUAGCAAGAAUGCCGAAAUAUCGCGGUCUAAUAGUCGCAAGGACUCCAUACCAACAAAGUCUAGCCGCUCCGGCCCUCAGCAUGGCGAGAGAACUAGUGGUGAGACGCCACCAACUGUUGGUGACUCGCAGGCCUGGCCUACUCCAGAAAACUCGCACGUUGAAGAACGCCGUAAGUCGAGUUCUCUUGGCGCCAAUGACAAAACAGAACCGAAAGGCCCACAAAAGAAAUGGACGACGAUGGCUUUCGUACCGACAGCCAAAUUCGAAACCCAGCUGCCUCCUUCUGUAGCUCGACGAGGUGGCAGAGGUGGUGGGAGAGGCCGGGACUCCACUGGCCGAGGCGGCCAUGCUUCCGCCGCGGGCGAGAAGCAGGAUUCCGCAGGAUCCAUGGGACCACCUCCAGUGCCUAGACAAGCAGGCGACCAAGAUCGAGGUCGCAAGUCUGAGGGUCAUCGUGGCGCGCGAGGUGCAUCUGUUCCUACAAGUAGCGGCCGACCUGGGAAUGGUGAGGAUACCACACCCGCAUCUCGCAAGCCCUCUACGCCUGUUGGCACAGAGCAAAACGGUAAAGACAAUCUCGAUAACAUCACUUCAGCCGUCCAAGGUAGUGGUGAGCAUCACGCUCUCCGCACGGAGCAUAGUUCCAGGUCUUCUUCGAGGCACGCUGGACAAAAUCCUGCUUACGCCACCAACGGUGACCUGACUGCGACGGGAGAGCAGCCUUCUGGUGCUUAUGUGCCAUCGCCUGAUCAGUCGAAUCGGCAAUCGUACUCCUUUGAUAGACUCAAGGGUGCUGGCAAUGGUGCUACACGCGGCAGUGGGGAAUUUGGCCGAGAACGUGGUUCUGGUAGAAAUCGAGACUGGUCCAGGGACAAACCUGAAUCAGCACGGGAGAAGGUAGAGUCAUGGCGUGAUCGUGAGCCUUCAGGAGACGGCAGCAGUCGACGCGAACCUCGCCCUGAGCGCGGUGGUAGAGGAGGUUAUCGCGGCAGAGGCAACCACGCCUAUAAUCCGACUUACGGCUCCUCCCAUGCGUACACGUCUCCGUUGCCUCAGAAUGGGUUCGAAUCAAGCGGGCCCAGUUCCCACACCGAAAGCCGCUCGAGGCAGGCGUCACAGCCCUUCCAGCCGACUCAGACACCGACCAAUUCUCGUAACAACCCGCGCUCUCAAUCAAUUCCCGUGAGCAUUAUGUUCCCUGGCUACUACAAUGGUAUGCCGGCCAUGCCACAAGGUCCUCCAUCCAUACAAACCGACAUGCAAGCAUAUGGCUAUCCGAGCCAAAUGCAGAUGCAACCGGGCAUUAUGAGUGCCAUGCCGUUCAACGACCCGCUCAACUCUUACGCUCUCCUAUCGAUGGUCAUGACUCAAGUCGAGUACUAUUUCUCCAUUGACAAUCUUUGCAAGGAUUUGUUCUUGAGAAAACACAUGGAUGGACAAGGUUAUGUGCCACUGAGUGUCAUCGCGAAUUUUAAGCGAAUCAAGACCUUGACCGAUGACAACAUGGCCUUGGACACACUCCGAUAUGUUUGUCAACAAGUCAAGAGUGUCGAGUUCCUGCCCGGAUUUGAUGGAGAUGACCGACUUCGACGCCGCGAAAAUUGGCAAGAUUUCAUUCUUCCAGUGGAGGAGCGCUUCGAGUCUGCCCAAAACGACGGGCCUCAACAUGGUUUGGACCAGUACCAUCCGGCACCACAGUACGAACAACCUCCCCGUGUUGAUUCGUCGUUUGGCAUGGACCAGUUACGAAGCCCACCCUUGAAUGCUGCCCCAGUCAAUGGCAUCUUCCAUCCUAAUCCUCAAAUGUCUUCCUACGUGCCAGGAGCUCAGGUCGACGGCAACAUAACAGGGGCACCGUUUUCCCCUCCAUUUGAGGCAGCUGCUCCUGAAGACGGUUCCAGGGUCUCUUUGCCUCCUUUCGCUCAGCUACCGAGCCCCAUAAGAUCACCACCUAGCCAUGGUCCACCUGUGUUGGGAAGCUUCGUCAAUGGUCACAACCGCCAGAUGUCCCGGGCUGAUAUUGAGGACAACGUCUUCCCUGACGAGAAUAUUCCCAACAUCAACAUCCGCAUGCAGCCACAUGCAGCAGCAGUACCUGAGACGAAUGGUAUUGAUCACAAUGGCGACGAUAAAGCACCUGGGUCAAGCGAAGGUGGUCCCAACGCUGAGAAGUCCCGAGUUCCAAGCCUCCGAGGCGGUGCAGCCAGUCCACAGCAACUCGAACAAUUUCGCAACUGGUCAUUCGGAUAUUCCGGCACCAUCCCAGUAACGGACGAUACUUCCAUCAGCUACUUUACCAAAGGCGGGCAGGAAACUCAAUUGCCACCACCACAGAUCGGACAAUACGACCAGAGUUAUCAGUCGCUUCACGAUCUUGCUUUCCAACAGCAUGAGCAGGGAGUCGAAGGUUCACUUGAGCCUUUGUAUUCGUUCUGGGGCGAUUUUCUUGUCGACAAAUUCAAUCUUGGCAUGUACCAAGAAUUUCAAGCCACUGCUGUGAAGGACUCGCAGGAAGGCAGCGACAGCGGCAUGAAACACCUUGUUCGUUAUUUUGGCAAGGUUUUGGGUGGUCGCAUUCCAAUCAGUGAACGCCUGGCGACUGAUAUGGUCAACCUCUCGCGAGAAGAAAAGACAAAUAACCGGCCUUUGUUCCACACAUUACGUGCUGCAUGGCGCAAUGGAGCCACCAACAUGAAAACCAUCAAAAGACUGGGCGACGUUCUAAGCGCUGAGGAAAAAGCCGAGCUCGACAAGAGUGGCUGAGCCUGCAGAUUCCUUCUAGCACUGCCCGAUCUACCGAUAUACUGGAUUGUUCAACAAAAUGUUCUGCUCAUUUUUGCAUGCAGAUCGAUAUGUUGAAUGACUGAAGCAUUUCACAUACGAGGUCCCAUCGUCCACUACAGCGUUUCGUCAGAUUGUCCCAGUCUCAACAAUUUGAUCCAAAAAUAUGUGUGGCAAAACCAUCAACAUCGACUGACAC